AUGUCGCACCGGUAUUUUUGUGGAUACAAUCCCCCGCCACCGAAUUUUAAAACGUUCUUUUUGCCGAAAUACGAGGACCGUCUUAAGCGACUUCCCAACUUUGGAAAAAUGCGCGAAGAAUGGGAAAUCCAGAAACGGCCUCUGCUUAUAAUGCUCCAUUUAUUUGCGGAUAACUUUGGAGCUUUGGAAAAAUGGAUGGAUCUUGCAUAUCGACUGGCGGGUCCCGACAGUAUAGGGCCAGAGAUGGACUUCUACGUGGACGACUUGUGGGCCUGCUACAUAUUCAACGAGGAUGAUUUUAGCUUUCAUCGCGGCGAUGAAGGCACAUCCGUGGACUCAUCUCCUCUGAUAUACGGAGUAACGUCUUUGGGUGAAGUGCAUUUCUUUGGAGGUUUCGAUGGACCCACGAUACCCAGCUUGGAAACGCUAGGUGACUUCUGCCGGCGGGUGAUUAAAGGAGAUCUCGAGGAGCCCACAACAUGUGGUUCCACUAUUACGGAAAUUGACUUGGCCGACUGGAACGAGAUGAUCUACUCAGUGGAUGAGGACAUAGCUGUGUGCUUCUAUAACUCUCAGCAGAACGGAACAACAGUGAAUGAUAGUCUGAUGCAGAAUCUGGAACGCCUCGAUAGCCAUUUAAAGCAGGAGUCAGUGCGUCUGUACAAAUUGGACCUGCGAGGAGGAAGUGCGCCCAAAAAGUUCAGCGUUGAAACCGUUCCUGCUCUAUUUUUCCUACCGAGACUCCAGAAGACUAAUCCCAUAAAGUGCAAGUAUGAGCUGGGGCAAUGGUCUAUGCUGAGAUUCGUGGCCGAAAAUGCCAGCAAAGAGCUUAAUUAUUAUAAUCGAAGGGGGCAUCGGCGACUCCAUGCAGAGUUGCUGGCCCAUAUGAAGGAGUUCUUUCACACCAAUAUUGAUAAAGCGUAGGGUAACAUUAAUUCUAUCGAUAAUCUACAACUACGAGCGACGUUCCUUACGACUAUUGUGAGUCGAGAUAAAAAUAUAGUAUAAAUAUGACUCAUAAUAAAGAACUUUUUCAGUUGACCAGUUACCUACCAAGUA